AGAGAGAGAGACAGGAGAGAUCAGGCAGAGCAGGCACAGUCAUCUGCUGCUUGGCUUCACAGUGUACACAUCACCUCUUUGACUGCAGCUUUUUCUAAGAAAAUUCACAUUAGAGCUUUUUUUCUCCGACUUUUUCACAGCUCAAGGCGCAUGCUCAGACUAACAGACGGUGCAGUUGUGUUAUUCAGGAACUCGGAGCCUCUCCAGUGACAGUAGGAGAGUUACUGAGUGUCAGCAUGGAGAGGAAAAAAAAAACCAUACUACACUGGCUACUGAAAAGACACUGAAAGUUUUUAAAGAUGACCACAUCAUGGAGUGACCGCCUGCAGAACUAUGCAGACUUGCCUGCCAACAUGGAUGGCCUGGCAAUGAAAAAAUACAGGAGAGAGCCCUACCACAGAGUGUUUGUCAACAGAAGCUUGGCAAUGGAGAAGAUUAAGUGCUUUGGCUUUGACAUGGAUUAUACUUUAGCAGUGUACAAGUCACCGGAGUACGAGUCACUAGGCUUUGAGCUCACAGUGGAGCGACUGGUUUCCAUCGGUUACCCCCAGGAGCUGCUCAGCUUUGUGUACGACCCAUCCUUUCCCACCAGGGGCCUUGUGUUUGAUACCAUGUAUGGAAACCUGUUGAAGGUUGAUGCCUAUGGUAAUAUCCUGGUCUGUGUCCAUGGAUUCAACUUCCUCCGAGGCCCUGAGAUCCGUGAACGGUAUCCAAACAAGUUCAUCCAGAGAGAUGAUACAGAGCGCUUUUAUAUCCUUAACACACUCUUCAACCUGCCAGAGACCUACCUCUUUGCCUGCCUAGUGGAUUUCUUCUCCAACUGUGACAGAUACACAAGCUGUGAAACCGGCUUCAAAGACGGCGACCUCUUCAUGUCCUAUAAGAGCAUGUUCCAGGACGUCCGUGAUGCCGUUGAUUGGGUCCACUUCAAAGGUACUCUGAAGGAGAAGACUGUUGAGAACUUGGAGAAGUAUGUAGUGAAAGAUGGGAAGCUGCCUCUUCUCCUCAGCCGAAUGAAUGAAGUAGCCAAGGUUUUCUUGGCUACCAACAGUGACUACAAAUACACUGAUAAAAUCAUGACCUACCUGUUUGACUUCCCCCAUGGCCCCAAGCCUGGUACCUCCCACCGGCCCUGGCAGUCCUACUUUGAUCUUAUCCUGGUGGACGCCAGGAAGCCACUGUUCUUCGGGGAGGGUACGGUGCUCAGACAAGUCGACACGACAACAGGGCGUCUUAAGAUAGGAACCUACACAGGACCUCUGCAGCAUGGGAUAGUCUAUUCUGGAGGUUCAUCAGACAUUGUGUGCGACCUCCUGGGAGCCAAGGGGAAGGACAUAGUGUACAUCGGGGACCAUAUCUUUGGAGACAUCCUCAAGUCCAAGAAACGUCAAGGCUGGAGGACGUUCCUGGUCAUACCUGAGCUGGCCCAGGAGCUGCACGUGUGGACCGACAAGAGCUCUUUAUUCGAAGAACUUCAGGGCCUGGACAUUUUCUUGGCUGAACUCUACAAACAUCUGGACAGCAGCAGUAAUGAGAGGCCAGACAUCAGCACUAUUCAGAGAAGAGUCAAGAAAGUGACACACGACAUGGACAUGUGCUACGGCAUGAUGGGUAGCCUUUUCCGCAGUGGCUCCAGACAGACCCUGUUUGCCUCCCAAGUGAUGCGCUACGCCGACCUGUACGCAGCCUCCUUCAUCAACCUGCUGUACUACCCCUUCAGCUACCUCUUCAGAGCUGCACACGUACUGAUGCCCCACGAGUCCACGGUUGAACACACCCACGUGGAUAUCGACACAGAGUCUCCUCUGGCCACGCGCAACCGCACCCACUGCAGCGACUGCAAAGACCUGGAGUGCAAACGUAACCAGCUGACCCGCUCCUUCAGCGAGAUCAAACCUCCCAACCUGUUCCCCCAGACCCCCCAAGAGAUCACUCACUGCCAUGAUGAGGAUGAUGAUGAGGAGGAAGAGGAGGAAGAGGAGGAGGAAGAGGAAGAAGAGGAGGAGGAGGAAUAAGGUGGACAUAGAGAAGAGAGCCACGUUCCUGCUCCUGCCUUUCUAUGUUUCCCAGUAGAGUCGGGUAGUAAUCUUUCUCAAAGAGAGGCAGAGAGGAAAAACAUCUUCACUGUGUGUGUGUGUGUGUGUGUGUGUGUGUGUGUGUGUGUGUGUGUGUGUGUGUGUGUGUGUGUGUGUGUAUGUGUGUGUGUGUGUGUGUGUGUGUGUGUGUGUGUAUCAGUACUGUAUGCACACAAACAAACACACACAUACACAUACUGGAGAUUUCUGAGGAAAGUAUGAAGGACCAGAAGUUAGACAGAUCAUGACUAUGAAUUUUAGGUCCUUCAAAUCCAGCUUUUCCAGCUUUGUUAUAAAAAGAACAUUUAAUAGUUUUUAAUUUAUUUAGUUUCCAUAUUAUUUUUCCAUCAGGCAAACAGAGCACACACUCGUGUAAACAUCACACACUAUUUUUCAUUGUGUUUUAUAAGCUGAUUUUUAAGACCUGCUGGUGGAGUAAGUAGACGUACUCUUUAAUCCACCAGAUACGGUCAGUAAACUGUAGUUUUAAUCACAACAGACUGGCCGUGCUGACACGGUAUGCACAUUAUAAUCAAAUGAAAUCAAUGUUUUAGUUAUGGUGUCAAAAAUAGAUGCACAUACUGUAUCAAAACAGACAAGUUUUUUAUGCAACAUGGGAACAACAUCUAGUUUUUCAUCUGUUUCAUCUUGUCCGUUUUCUCGUCAAUAUAGAGGAGUCAUGUGUUCUAACCUGUACGAAAGGGUGUGUGUGUGUGUGUAUCUGCCAAAGUAGGCUCACGCAGACCGUCGCAUCCUGAGUGACAGUAAGCUAAGAAUCCACUGUGUGAAGCUGAAGCACAGGAGCACUGAAGCACAAGCCAGCAUUAAACCGAUCAGUAACCAGAUGCAGUUUUUGUUUUACGUUUGGUUGAGAGAACGUGGUGCACAAAUGGCUGUUGAUAUUUUGUUACCAAGCAACAAUGAGGAUGGAGUACUGUAACCAUAAUUUAUGCCGAUAGUCUGUAUGACAAGCCUGAGCUACAGUAGUGUUUCUGUAAAUAGCCACCAGGUGAAUGUUUAUUUUGCCCUGUAAUGAGUUCAUGGCUUAAGGCCACGAGCAGCUAACAUGCAGUAUUUUCUCAGCUUGGUUAUUUAGGAAGAUGAAACUUUAGUAUUGUAUUUUCAGAGGCUUUUAUUUUGAUAGGGGGAUGUAAAAUACAAGUACAAGUUUUGACCAGUUCAAGCAAACUUAAAGACGUGUGAGGUGAUUUUUUUCUUUUGUCAGGUGUGUGAUAGGGGUGUGAAAGUGGCCUCUAUGCAAGGAAGUGAGGCUUUUUAGCAUGUACAGUAUAAAGCUCAGUUCAGUUAGUCUACCUGGCUUCAGACUGUGAUAAGCCUGUUCUGUUUAUGUGUGUGGAGGGGUCGAAACAUGUUGGUGGUGUGGAGUGUGGGGAGGAGUGUGUACAGUAUUCUUCAGUUGAACACUGUCAAGUGACCAUUUCAUUUUAAGUCUUGGUUGAAGCUGUGUUACUAGUUGAGAACUGGAUGAAGAUCUCUGAGUUUAAGCACUUGAAAUGCCCUUCAAAAUAUGACUUCAAAUCUCAAGUAUUUCUUUCUAACAUUAAGCACCCAUGAAUGAAUAAGCAACAAACAAAGGUUAGGUAUUAUUUAUUAAGAGUUUAACUCUCAACGGCUCAAGUUUAUCUGCCCUGUCAGGACUGUGUGGAUGUGGUUUGAUUUCGGUGACAGUAUGUACGUUUCCACCCACCUGUUUUUAUGCAAAAAAAAAAACCCUGAGUGGAAAGAACAGAUAUUUGAUAAAAUGUCAAAAUAACUUUAAAAAAAAAAAAGCAUCAAACAAAAACAUCUGUGCGGAGCAAUGAAGAGACGCUGCAGUUCUUCAAAUUACUACACAAAACAAACAGACGCAAUGUUUCCAUCACAUUUUCCACAUCAUUUUUGUGGUUUCAGGUUUGACUUCUGCUCUUCUCUUUGCCUCUGAAGAGCAAGUUCUUCAGAGGUUUAAUUUAAUUGCAACAGUCGUGGAUGGAAACGCACAUGAAUUCACAUUCACAUUUUGGAACUUAGUUAAAAUUUGUGCUAAAUUUAGAUGGAAACUCGGCAUGUGACCAAACAACUCACCAGCUGUCACCAAAUCUGGAUUCAAAUGUUGCUAAAUCCUGAUUGGUGCAAGAAAGUAUCUGACAUUACAUUUCUAACAGAGCCCCUCCCACUUCAAACUAGCCAGAGGAGCACAGAGGAAAAAUAAAAUAAAAAGAGACUCAGAUAUUUCUCAUGUGAAAUAACCAAAAGCGUUCAAACGUCAGAAAACUCUGUGUUCCUGUAGGAUCUGUCGCUCACAGUGAGAAGCUGAUGGAGAAAAUCAGCUUUGACGUGUCCACGUGUCCAAAUGCAUCAGUGUUAGCAUUCGAGACACCAGGAGAGCUACCUGAAUUUCAAACAUGGUUACUUGAUCUUUUUUUAUUUGUUUUCUUUUUUAUGUCAGUCUUGUGUUGGCCCGUUCAUUUAGGCCACAAAAGGGAAGGAACAUGCCGUCUGCUUUUUUUGCAUCAUUAUUUUUGGUUUGGCUUGAUGUGAUGUGAUGUGGAGAGAAGUGAAUGUGUUCAACUGCGACUUUAUUAACGAUUCAGUGGAUAAAACCUUUGUAGGACAUUAAGAAACAUUCUACAACUCUUUGUCGUCCCCACCUUUUUUUUUUUAUUACAAAUGAAAUAUUUGUAUUCUCAGUUUUUACUUCUGUUUCUUGAACAUAGAAUAAUGGAUAUGCUACAUGAGGCAGCUGCACUGCUAAUACGAAAUAGUCGACUGUCUUUUCUUUGCAUAACUUGCAUAUGCAUGUGAUAAUGAGAAAGCAUAUCCUUUCUGCCACGGUGGCUAUGGUAGCAUUGGUUUUACUUCUAUGUGGACCGCAUCAUUUUUAGAAAAAUCAUUUUGGACAUUUGUCAUUGUAGUUUACACGAGGAGGCAAAAAAAAACUCUAAACUUGUAAUAAAUAAAUAAAUAAAUAAAGCUUACAAUGAAUGGAAACGUGAGUAGCAUGUUAA